CGUUGGUUUCAAUUUUGCCUCGGUGAUUAAUUUCAUGCCAUGUUGUUGGGUGUAUAGCCCCUCCCCAUCCUAGGUAGCUGGAGGAAAUGGUGGUGCCAAUGCUGGACAUGCCUGCUCAGCCCAUGGGGAUGGUAGCCGACGUGGUCUUCGUCAUUGAGGGCACUGCCAAUCUUGGACCUUACUUCGAGUCCUUGCGCAAGCAUUACCUUCUUCCUGCCAUUGAGUACUUCAACGGUGGUCCCCCAGCAGAGACAGACUUUGGAGGAGAUUAUGGAGGAACCCAGUACAGCCUGGUGGUGUUCAAUACAGUCGACUGCGCCCCUGAGUCAUACGUGCAGUGCCAUGCGCCAACUAGCAGUGCUUAUGAGUUCGUCACGUGGCUUGACAGCAUUCAAUUUGUGGGUGGUGGUGGAGAGAGCUGCAGUCUCAUUUCAGAAGGGCUCAGCACGGCUCUGCAACUGUUCGACGACUUCAAGAAGAUGAGAGAACAAAUAGGACCCACUCACAAAGUCUGCAUCCUUAUUUGCAACUCCCCGCCCUACUUGCUUCCAGCCGUAGAAAGUACCACAUAUUCCGGUUAUACAACAGAGAACCUGGUUCAGAAGAUUGGUGAGCGUGGCAUCCACUUUUCCAUUAUCUCCCCGCGGAGGCUGCCCGCGCUGCGCGUCCUUUUUGAGAAGGCCGUGAUGGGGGGCAUGAUGGAGGCCCAGCUGAAGGAAUUCAGCCAGGACCCCCGGCAUAUGAUCCUCAUCCGUGGCAUGGUGCUGCCAGUAGGAGGAGGAAGUGCCCCCAACGCCCUGCAGCCCAAACAGGCCUUGCCCCAGCCCCAGCUCCCCACCGUGCAGCCCCAGCUCCCCGCCACCCCUCCGCAAGCCAUGCCGCCGGUGUCCCAGCCGUACCAGGUCCCGCCCUCCGCCACUCUCACUGCUGCUCAGGCAGCUGCUCAGUCCGCAGUGGAGGCCGCCAAGAACCAGAAAGCCGGCCUGGGCAGUCGCUUCUCCCCCUUGAACCCCAUGCAACCGACCUUCAGUCCCGCUCCGGCACAGACCCACCCAGCCGGCUCGGUCCCAGCCCUGCCUCCGAAGCUUCCUGUCUCUUCCCAGUCCAGUCUGGUCUCCACCGUUACCACGGGCUCUGGAAUGUUGGUCCAGCCGAAUGUGCAGACUCCUCCACAGCCUGGCGCCUCGGCAAUGCCUGGUGGCGUUGCUGCCGGCAACAUGAGCGUUAACCAGCCGGCGGCUGCACAAAUCGGCACAACCCAGCAGUCGGUCGCAAACAGGGUGAUGGCAUGGAGCGGCGUGCUGGAGUGGCAGGAGAAGCCCAAGCCAACUUCUGUGGAUUCCAAUACCAAACUCACUCGUUCCCUUCCUUGUCAAGUGUACGUCAACCAAGGGGAGAACUUGAAGGCCGAGCAGUGGCCGCAGAAGCUCAUAAUGCAGCUCAUCCCCCAGCAGCUCCUGACCACUCUGGGCCACCUGUUCCGUAACUCGCGCAUGGUUCAUUUCCAAUUCACCAACAAGGACCUGGAGUCACUGAAGGGCCUCUACCGCAUCAUGGGCAAUGGAUUUCAGGCGGGCUGUGUGCAUUUCCCUCACACCACUCCCUGUGAGGUGCGGGUGCUGAUGCUGCUGUAUUCUUCCAAGAAGAAAAUCUUCAUGGGCCUCAUUCCCUAUGACCAGAGCGGCUUCGUCAAUGGCAUUCGGCAGGUCAUCACCAACCACAAACAGGUUCAGCAACAAAAGCAAAUGGGGGGGUCUCAGCCUCUCGGGUCCGCGCCUGGCACGCAGAACUUCCUGCCAAAGCAGCCCGGGGCUCUGCCGGUGGCACAGGGGGUCCAGCAACAGAUGGGUGGCCAGCAGGUGAGCCCCGGUAUGCCUCAGGUGGGAAUUAUGGAAGAACAGCAACGGCAACAGGGCAUGAUGCCGAUUAGAAUGCAGCAACCCCAGUCGGCUGCUCCGCCCACCAGCCAACCCCCACAAGCACAAGGUCCCCCGCAGUCUGGACAGCAGGCCACCCAAGGAGGGGCGAUGCUCCGGCCCCAGAACCCCGGAGCCAACCCGCAGCUCCGCAGCCUCCUCCUGAGCCAGCAGCCGCCCCAAGCCGGAGUUCCUCAGUCCCAGGCGCCCCUCCAUCACCUCCAGCAGGGUUCUCCGGGAAUGUUGCCGCAUCAGCCCAUGGGGCAGCCAUUGGGGCACCAGCCUCCCGGACAGCAGCAGCUCCAGCUCCCAGGACAGCCCCUCAUGCACCAAGCCCCCGGGCAACAGUGGCCUGGGCAGAUGGCACCCCGGGCACCGUUGCAAGGUCAGAUGCUGAUGAACGCCGGGCCCCGGGGCCCCGUAUCCCAGCAAGGCUUGCAGCAGGUCCCCGCCCCGAGCGUCAUGGAGGACGAUAUCCUCAUGGACCUCAUCUGACAGUGGAGGAUCUCGCU